GGAUGUGAAUCAUAACACGGAUCUACCAGGGCUAGUGCCUAGUGGUUAGUUUGCCUUGAAACAAAACAAGGAAGGAGAAGGAGAGAUUACUUCCCUGCAACAAAUAGUUAUAGCCAUGGCGGCAGGCCUUUCUGGUGUUAUCAAGUGUGUUAUAUUUGCCAUCCUGAUCCCGAUCGUGUCUGCCGGAGACGAUGAUUGCAAAUCCUACUAUGACUUCCGUCAUGCCUACCACCCAGCAGAGACAUGCUCGGUGUUUUGUUGUGGAUCCUGUAUCGAAAGAUAUUGUUGUCGAGACUCCUUCAUGCGAUUCUCAGAAGAUGGGCAGGAGGCCUGCAUUGAUCAUGGGUUGGGCGUGUUGCCAAGCAAUUUACCGCCAGAACAUUCCAGUAGUUCCAUAACCAUCGGCUCCACGGUUGUGGGUGCAGUCAUCUGCAUUCUGAUCAUCAUAUCCUGCUGUGUCUGUCCCUGCUGCUGCCUCUACAAGAUAUGCCGCAAGCCACGGCCGGUUAUAGCCACCACCACACACACCACAGUGGUCACACACACACCUCAACAUUACCCCCAGCAGCCAACAGCAUCCCCUGGGAUUCAGGGGCCAUCCUACCAGGGGGGCCAGGUCCCAGGCUACCAGUCCAUCCCUGUCCAGCCUGGUUACGGUGCACAGCCCAUGCCUCAGCAAUACGGUGCUCAGCCCAUGCCCCAAGCCUACGGUGGUCAGCCCAUGCCCCAAGCCUACGGUGGUCAGCCCAUGCCCCCAACACCCUACCCAGCAUUUACACCUUUACCCCCUCCAGCCUACCAGGAAGCCAUGGGCCCGAGUUACGGCCCGUCUCCGAUGGCCUACAGCCAGGCUGCCUUCACACCAGGACAGCCCUCCUACCCUCUCCAACCUCCCGGCCAGCCCCACGCCCAGGCCAUUGCGCCGCCCCCACCAGCGGACCAUGGCCAGCCCGCCUACAACCCGGCUUAUGCUCAGCCUCCGCCCAAGACUGGAUAUUAAGCGAGCACCUGAGCCAUAUUGCGUUGCCUUGUCAUGCUUUUCUUCUACGUAGUUUAUUUGUUUGAUGUUUUUUUAUUGUUCUCGAGUUGUUGCUGUGUUUUAUGAGGGUUGAGAUGCUGGGCUUUAAUGGCACUUUAUAUUUCUGUGUGCAUCGUUAGCGUUAAGUUGUUUUAGGUUAGGUCAAAUAAAAAUAAACUUGUUUGUGGAGGAUAUAUUGUUCCAUAUUUAACCACUUCUUCAGUAUGUAUGCGUGUUUAUCCAGCAUCAGAGACCUAAGAUACAUGUUAUGGAACAAGGGGUGGGUUACGGUUGGAGGGUUACUGAUUAGAAUAACCAUUGGACCAUCAUGCCUUCAUUUUUUGUUCAAAACAGGAUUACAGCCUUUUUUUUUCCAUGGACUGAUAGCGGUCUCUAGGUUGUCAACAUCAGAACUUGCAUCAUGUUACACCAAUCCUAAGGCAGGGUACCUCUGUUUUUUUUCUGAAUGUCAGUGUGCUCAGGAAACACAUCCUUUAAUCCUUAUGAACAGGCCUUACCGUAGGAUCUAACAUUUAUCUGGUGUAAUGUCAGUCAUCCCUCCCCAUCAGUGAUUGAUAAUCCUCUCUCCUGCACCAUAAGUAAUGACUUUGGCUAGUGAUACUGAAAUAUCCCCAUUGUCAAUUAAAGACAGCAGCGCUCGCUUUACGAUGUGCUAGCUGGAGGCAGACAUGGAUGUUCUGGGAUUCAAUAAUAUUGGCAAAAUGGUUGUUCUGCAACUACUUUCCUUUUACAGCUGUGUUUCAACUUGUAACAUGUAAAGGAAACUGCUGAGAUUAAACACGCCUAAAGCCUCAUUGUGUUGUACAAUACCAGUUUUUUUUCUUUUUCUAAAUGUAAAAAAGAAAAUGUAUUGAAUUUGCAUGUUCACAGUUGACACGUGAAGUGCACUUUCAGUUGUGUUCUGUGUUGUGAGCGAAACAUGUUGCCAACCGCUCAGGUUGUUAUAGUUUCGUUUUGUGCCGCCAUUUUGAGUACAUCCAAAGCUAUCAGUGGCCAACAAUCGUGUACUGAAUGAUUUACCUGUUAGGAAGGAACUGUUUUUUUUUUUUAUGUUAU